AUGCUCCACACGGUGACAAAGGGCGGCAACCUGCGACCGGUUUUAACGUCGAUCUACAACUUAGACACAGCCACGUUACUACGAGAGAUGCAGAAACUUCAACAAGCGGGACGCAAGUUAGCCAAUGCAGCAUUCCCUAGGAAUCAGAUACCUACCGUAAUGGAAUUGUUUGAUGUGCCGGGCCCAGGACGAGUAGCAGCACAUGCAGCGUGCCUUCUGUCAUCACAAUACACCAAUCAUAGACAGGAUGUUGACGGUUACAGUUCGGACCUACGAACCACACCUGACAGAUAUUCGUGA